CACCGCGCACGCCGUGCUCGAGACCUUGUGACGGUGUGAUGUCAUCGCUCACCCUAAUUUUACUCCGUCUCGUUCCGAACAGCUGUUGGCGGCGGAGGGGCUCCACGUUGGAGCCUGGUGGCAAGUAAUACUCCUGUGAACAGAAAUGAACUUCAGUAUGCAUGGAAGUAUCGCCGAUUUACUAUAGCUUUAAUGUUUUGUUAGUUUUCUUGCCGUUUGGCUUCCCAGCUGUGAAUUUGGGUGUAUAACAUACUGAUACAAGCCUUUCUGGAUUUUAUUACUGCUGUAGCAAGGUUGAUGGCGUAGUUUACAAAGUGGUGGAAUCGCUGGUAGACCAGUUUUUAUCAGACACAAUUGAACUACAAUAAAAGCGAUAUAAGCGUAGGACGAGCAGGUGCACUGGGCUCCGAUGGCUUCUGCAACUUCUACGCCGUCCACUUCUACCGGCCGCGCAUCCCGCACGACUAGGCGGAGCACGGCGGGGGUGUCCCCGUCCAGUACCGGUACCGGCUCCAGUCCCACACGGAUCACCCGCAUUCAGGAGAAAGAGGAGCUCCGGCAGCUGAACGAUCGCCUGGCCGCUUAUAUAGAGCGGGUCCGGCAGCUGGAGAACGAGAAGUCCUCCAUGCAGAUUCUGCUGGAGGAGAAAGAGGAGUCCAGCGCCCGGGAGGUAGGCAGUAUGCGGCUGCUGUACGAGACCGAGCUCGCCGAUGCCAGAAAGAUCCUGGACACCACUGCCAACGAGAGGGCCCGGCUUCAGAUCGAGCUGAGCCAGCUCUCCGAGGACCAUGCGCGAUUGCAGGCGAGGAAUAACAAGAAGGAGUCGGAACUGACUACCGCCGUCAGCCGGUGGAGAAACCUGGAAGCCGCUCUCAACUCCAAGGAGGCGGAGUUCGCAAACUUACUGGCUGGAAACCGGAGCUUAGAAAAUGAGAUCUCUGAACUGAAGGCGCAGGUUUCCACUCUGGAAUCAGCCUUGCAGGACGCAAAGACUCAGCUCCACGCAGAGAUGCUGCGGAGGGUGGAUCUGGAGAACCAGGUUCAGACGUUGCGGGAGCAGAUGGAUUUCCAAAGGCACCUCAGUGAGGAGGAGAUCAGGGAGAUGAGGAGCCGCCACGAGACGAGGCUGGUUGAGGUCGACUCUGGGAGACAGAAGGAGUUUGAGAGCAAGCUGGCGGAGGCGAUGCAGCAGCUGCGAAGGGAACACGAGGUGCAGAUCCACCAGUAUAAAGAGGAGCUGGAGAAGACCUUCAGUGCUAAGUUGGAGAAUGCACAGCAAUCGGCGGUGAAAAGCGGCGACCUCGUCAGCUCCACGAUGGAGGAGCUCGCCGGCACCAAGCUGAGGCUCGCCAGUCUGUCAUCGCAGCUCAGCCAGUCUCAGAAGCAGAACUCUGCCCUGGAGACCCGCUUGCAUGAUCUGGAGGAGCUGCUGGACCGGGAACGGCGGGCCAGCCAGAGGCGACUUACCGAAAAGGAGCAGGAGAUGGCGGAGGUGCGGCAGAAGAUGCAGGCCCAGCUGGAAGAGUAUGAGAACCUGCUGGAUGUGAAGCUGGCGUUGGACAUGGAGAUCAAUGCCUACAGGAAAAUGCUGGAAGGGGAGGAGCAGAGGCUGAACUUGUCUCCCAGCCCCUCGCAGCAUGGGGCCGUGUCACGCACACACCUGCAGGCCACCCGCAGGGUCCGGGGGAAAAAGCGGAAAUUGGGAAGCCGGUCCUCCGGUGGCUCCGGCUACAGGAUCACGCAGCACGCCUCGGCCCGUGGCAGCGUCUCCAUCGACGAGAUCGACCCGGAGGGCAACUACGUGAAGCUACGCAACAAUUCUGAAACCGACCAGCCUUUAGGGGGGUGGAUCCUCCGGAAAAGUCACGCAGUUGCCCCCGACAUCGCCUUUCAGAUCCCGCCGUCAUACAUCCUGGGUGGAGGAGGUACCGUCACGAUCUGGGGGGGUGGUGCUGGUGUGGACUCCAAUCCUCCCACUGACCUGGUGUGGAAAACCCAGCGAAACUGGGGGCCCAUGGACGAUGUGCGGAUCGCCCUGUUAAACCCCCGCAGCGAGCAGGAGGUGGCAGAGAGGAGGCUAACUCGUGUCCCAGGAGGAGGCGAUGGCGACUCGGAGGCGGAGCUCGAGGAUGUGGAGGAGAUGGCGGGAAGCGAGGCACAUCUACGGCGACAGCCCAAAAGAAGAAAAAAGAAAUGUUGUUUGGUGUCGUGAGCCACGCCCCCCCUCUGUGCGGGCCCCGUGCUGGAGGGCCGGAUGGGACCGGAUGAAGCCAGCUGUGCAGUAAUGUAGCACCUCUGGGUCGACCUAGAAACCCAAAAUCUGCGCGGCAGAUGGUUUUGGGACAGCCUCUGCUCCCUCCGAAUCCAUCCUGUGCUGUCACAACACAACAGUAUUCUGGGUAUUUUUGAUGAAAUCCAUAGCAAAAUGUAACCGUCCUUGUUUUGGUCGUUGUCUCUGAAGUGUUUUUUCGGCCACACCUGAACGAGCAGGCAGGUCUGAAUCACGGGUGAUGUCACCAUGGAAUGGCAAGGAGAAGGUACUCCUGUCAUCCCCCCAGCUGUAGUGACAUCAGUGUCCUUCCCCCCCCCCCAGAAGCCUUUAAGCACUUGUGCUUCUUAAGGGAAACCCUCUAUGCCGGAUUUCACAUGCAUUGGUAGAAUAGCUUGUACUAAAUUUGGCGUUUUCAAUGUACCGAUUUAUAGACCAUUUGAGAAACUUGUUAUUCAUAAUGAUAUGAAAACAGAUGAAAAUUGAAGUGCCAUACAGGGUGGUCUACAAUGAGCCUGAACCGGUUUUAACCCCCCGUGCUCACGACCUCACUUAAAUGUGGUCGUUUUCUUAUCCUAGAAAUGGCUCACAUUGUCAUGCCGCCCCUUUGCCAGCAGAGGGAGCCAUCCCACCGGGGCAUAGUCAGUAAUGUGCUUUCAGCUUCAGUGAGCCUCCAUAAGCCUUGCGGCUCAGGUUUGGGCACUUUUCCAUUUGGUUACUGACUCUCCAGCAGCACCUAAAGACAUGUGACUGUGCCUUAAUUGGGCUAUAAGUAUUUAAUGUUCGUUUAUUUUCCUUUGUCAACUUUAGGGGGUUCUGUGAGAACCUUUUGAAUGCUGUCUCUCUUGCAUAUCCAACUAUUUAAAUUAAAGAAUACCUUUAAACUGAAUUUUUCCAGUUUGCUGUUGGUAAAACACUCGCAUUUUGCUUUGUGAACAUACCCCAGAAUAUUUGCAGCUCAUCCUGGCCUUUGAGCCAAACAUACUUUUAAUGUGAAGGUUGAGAGGAGCAGAUUCAGUGACAUUCUGCCAGCUUUGUCUAGGAUUUCUCGCCGGCAAGGUACAGCAAGCAGUUAGUGGUGGGAGAAAUGGGACCCCAGCAGGCGGUGGGUGGGGCUGCCGCCCGCUGUCCAAUCACUGCCUGACAGCCUAGCAGGAACUGACCAAUGAAAUCUGCAACACUGUGAUUUCCAGGGCAUAAUCCCAGCCCCUGAACCCGCUUCCUUCUGUCACAGCCUCCUAGUGAACGGAGGAGCGUUUCAUCAGAAAGUUAGCCUUUCUGCCCUUCCCACUGUACACUUGUUGGCAAUGCCUAAAUGCUGCUUUGGAAAUAAUUUGCCUUUACUUAGUUAAAAGCUAAAUUUCACAAACCGUACAAGGAUUGUAAUAAAUAAUAUGAAGUCGCAGCAGUUUCUUUACUGAAAUGGCAAUCGCUUCUGUUUAUCCAGUGUCACGCGCUGACAUGUACAGAACACUAUUUUGUAUCACUUUAAUAAAGGUUUUUAGUUAAA